AUGGCGUUUUCGCAGUCUUUUGACUUUGGUGACACCACAUUUAUGAAUUUAGAAAAUGAAUUGAAUCGCGCCAGCAGUGACAGAACCAGUCAGAAAAUCAGCAAUAAGCAAGCAAUAACCGGAAGCGGCUUAGAAAUUAUACAAGAAUCGCCACCAAACAAGAGCUUUAGGUCCCAGCGUGUUAAUCGCACUCAGACCACAAGAAAAAACUUUCGACGCAGCAAGUCAGACUCUAAAUUCGAAGUGCCUGCGGCUCCGCCGAAAACGGGAAAUGCAAGUGAAAAUUACUCCGAGUUCUUUAAGGAUGAAUUCUCUUACCUGGAAGUGUCAGCCAAGCAGGCUAGUAAGAAGUCGGAAUCAAUGGUACGCAUAUCACAAAUCAUGACCGAUUUCGAUGAUGCAGCUCUUGAGGACACGUCAGCGGAAAAUGCCUUCUCAGUUUUCGAGGCACAAAUCUGCACCGAGGAUGUUCUGGAAGCAGAGUCGACGGAAAGCAACUUUAAUGCCAGUAACAGGAAAAGUCCCAUCAUAAGUCGGUCAACAAUAAAAGCAGAAGAAUUUAAUGAUCUUGAUGAAAGCUGCUUUAUAUGCCCGGCAAGAGAUACCCGUGCAUCUCAACAAUUGCAGCAGGAUCUGUUACGCAGUCGCUGCGAGAUGGCGUUGGUCACAGAGGAUAGACCAAAGCAAACGCAAAACCUAAGCAGCAUGUCACCAAACCAGUUGCAAAUAUCUCCCACUUGUCCCAUACCGACUAAAGAGACUCAACCAACCACAGAAACAUCAACACCAACUUUAGAUCCCAAAGAUCUGGAAGCUCUGAAACACAUAUCGGCUUGGAAUCUACCCCAUAGCGUGCUCAGUGAGUACAACAAGAAAGGCGUGAUCAAAAUGUUCGACUGGCAGGUAGAAUGCUUAAGUAAACCCAAAGUGCUCUUCGAGCACUGCAAUCUUGUGUACUCGGCGCCUACAUCAGCUGGCAAAACACUAGUCAGUGAGAUUUUGCUGCUCAAGACGGUACUUGAGCGGGGAAAGAAGGUGCUGCUCAUAUUACCCUUCAUAUCAGUGGUGCGCGAGAAAAUGUUUUAUCUGCAGGAUCUUCUAACGCCUGCUGGUUAUCGCGUGGAGGGCUUCUUUGGCGGCUACACACCACCAGGGGGAUUUGAAAGCAUACAUGUGGCCAUCUGCACUAUCGAGAAGGCAAAUUCGAUAGUUAACAAAUUACUCGAGCAAGGAAAGCUCGAUGAGAUUGGUACUGUGGUCGUGGAUGAAGUGCAUCUUAUAUCAGAUCCCGGUCGUGGCUACAUACUGGAGCUUUUGCUUGCCAAAGUUAUGUACAUGUCCCGCAAGCAUGCGCUGGAAAUCCAAAUCAUAACCAUGUCUGCCACUCUGGCAAAUGUUAAGCUACUGCAGCGCUGGCUGGACGCUGAACUCUACAUUACCGACUUCCGACCCGUUGCGUUGCAGGAAAUGAUCAAAGUGGGAAAUAAGAUCUAUGACAAUCAGCUGCAAUUUCUACGGGAUAUAACCGAGACUUCUCGCUUACCACCACUUGGCAAUGAUUCAGACCAUGUAGCGCAGCUAUGCAUAGAAACGUUGCUAGAGGGCUGCUCCGUUAUUGUGUUCUGUCCAUCGAAGGACUGGUGUGAGAAUUUGGCUGUACAGCUGGCCACUGCUAUGCAUGCUCUCAUCAAAUCGGGUAGCGAAGUUGGCCAGAAACUGAGGGCACAACUCAACACCGAGUCAAUACAGGAUGUGAAGCAGCAGUUAAAGGAUAUACCAACAGGUCUCGAUGCGGUCAUGGGUAAAGCUGUAACCUACGCUUGCGCCUUCCAUCAUGCUGGCCUUACCACUGAGGAGCGUGACAUUGUGGAGGCCAGUUUCAAGUCAGGCGCUUUAAAGGUCAUUGUGGCCACAAGCACAUUGAGCUCUGGCGUUAAUUUACCGGCGCGUCGGGUGCUUAUCCGUUCACCUCUGUUUGGCGGCAAGCAGAUGAGCUCGCUUACCUAUCGUCAAAUGAUUGGUCGCGCUGGUCGUACUGGCAAGGAUACGUUAGGGGAGUCCAUACUCAUAUGCACGGACAACAAUGCCCGCAUUGGACGAGAGUUAAUCACAGCAGACUUAAAACCCAUCAGCUCUUGCCUGGAGCUGGAUAGUAGCACACACUUAAAACGCGCUCUGUUGGAAGUCAUUUCAUCUGGUGUAGCUAGCAGCAUCCAGGAUAUCAAUACUUUUGUCAACUGCACUUUGCUUAGCGCUCAAAAGGCAUUGGCCGAGUCCGCUGAUGAAGAGGAAACGGACUACAUUAGCGAUGCGCUUGAUUUUCUAGUGGAAUACGAAUUUGUGCGCUUGCAAACCGAUGAGGAAACUGAAACGCAGCGCUAUGUGGCCACACGAUUGGGUUGUGCCUGCCUAGCUUCAUCUAUGCCGCCCACCGAUGGCCUCAUACUCUUUGCGGAGCUGCAAAAGGCACGCCGUUGCUUUGUCUUGGAAUCGGAACUGCAUGCAGUUUACCUCGUUACGCCCUAUUCCGUUUGCUAUCAACUGCAGGACUUGGAUUGGCUGCUCUACUUGGACAUGUGGGAGAAAUUGAGUCCGGCCAUGAAAAAAGUAGGCGAGUUGGUGGGUAUUAAGGAGCAAUUCUUGGUCCGCGCUAUGCGGAAUCGAGCAAACCUGGACUACAAACUCAUGCAAAUUCACAAGCGCUUCUACACAGCUUUGGCACUUCAAGAGCUGGUCAACGAGACGCCUAUCAAUGUGGUUGGACACAAAUUUAAGUGCGCGCGUGGCAUGCUACAAAGCCUUCAACAGAUGGCUUCCACCUUUGCGGGCAUUGUGACUGCCUUCUGUAAUUCCCUUCAAUGGUCAACACUCUCUCUGGUCGUAUCGCAAUUCAAGGAGCGCCUGUACUUUGGCAUUCAUCGCGAUUUAAUCGACUUAAUGCGCCUUCCCGAUCUAUCCCAUAAACGAGCGCGGGCGCUUUUUGAUGCAGGCAUCACCAGCCUCGUGGAAUUGGCCCACGCCGAUGUAUUGAACGUUGAAAAGGUACUCUUCAAUUCGUUAAGCUUCGAUUCGGCGAAGCAGCUCGAAAAUGAGGAUGCCUUUGAGGCAGCCCAACGAAAUGCGGCAAGAAACUUUUUUAUAACCGGCAAAGCUGGCAUGACCGUAGGCGAAGCAGCUCGGCUGAUGAUAACGCAGGCCCGACAAUUUGUGCAAUAUGAGAUCGGUGUAGACAACAUUAAGUGGACGCAACAGGAUCAGGGGGCGAAAGGAGCCACGGACAGCGGCAUGGAAGUUGAACUGCAUAUGUCGCUGGAAGAGGAAAAGAAACAGCGAGUAUCGAAUGAGAAUCGUCAAAAACGUACAACGCCGCUGAAAGACGAGACCCCACGUCAUGUAUCACCGCCAAAGCUGAGAAAAUUAGAACAGCCCAUUUCUGACUCUAAAUUAUUAACUAAUGCUGUGGAAAAAAGACAACAAAGGGGCAGCAAGAUAACCCAAAAUACUGUGGUAAGCUCUGUGGAAAUCCUCCCUAGAGAUAUGGCAGUGAAUAAAAAUGACCAAAAAAAGGACCUUGACAAGACACAAACUACUAAAAAAUCAAAUGACAAUAUUAACUCAAAUACGCGAGGAAAAUCUGUAAAAGAAAAAGAGGAAACUAACGAAAAAUUGAAAAUAAAUACUAGAUCGGAGAAGAAGAUAACUGGUGAUAGCUCACAAUAUUCAACAACUAGCAAUGGGAAAAAGACUGAAAACCUACAAUAUAAAUCCCAAGUGCAGCCAAACUACACAAAAAAUAAUGAAACCCCAUCUAAUCCAAAGGAACCUGUAGUAACGACCACGACCGCGACACUAAAAGUGGAUCCAGCCGUUUUAGAAACAAACCCCAUCAUUCCAGAAGUAAACACCCAAUCAGCUCGCCCUAAGCCAACCCCAUCAGUGGCUUCAGAGAAGGCCAGUACAAGUGUCGCCGUUCGCAAGGAGCUCUUGAUGAAGGAAAUCGCCGAACGUCGUCGCAUCGCUCUAAUGAAAAUGAACAAGAAACGCGCGGAGUUGGAUAAUGUGCGGCAAGGCUUGCCAAAGGACACGCCCAUUAAGACACAAUCUGUAUCGAACAAAGAGAAUGCCGAUAGUAACAAUAUGACCAAAUCCUUUAAGACUCCCAUAACCAAUCCAAAACCGGUUACACCAAAAAGUGCUGGAGAAGGCACUAAAGCCAAUGGCACUUCCAAUCAAUUGCCGCGCCGCAGUCCACGAAAUCAUCAAUCCACCAAGAAGGAAGCAGAGAACGACACCAGAAGAAAAACUGACACUGCUGUAGAACAAGAUCUUUUUAUGGAGGAGGACUCCUUUAUGUUAAACACAGGCUUGACGGCAGCACUCACCGCAGCAGAGAGCAAAGCACGUGCCAAAGCAUCCACCGAUGCGUCAACAAUUUCAAAUAGCGAUGCCAAUACGGAUGCCGAUGAAAUACCCAGCUCUCAGCCUAAGGAUGAUCUACAAUCAUCGUCGAAGAGUGUUUUCCAUGCCCAAACUCCGCAUGCAUCCCGUCUGAUGCGCUCCUAUCAGCUUCGCACCCAAAGGCUACAGAGUCCAAUACAAACCAAUAAAAGUCCUCCAGUCCCUGCGCCAGUUACCAAUGAGCCAGAACAGCACAGUUCCUCGAUAGAGAUGUCAGACAUGUCGCUCGAAAAUUCGUUAAUCAAACACCCACUGCAGCUUAAUGCUUCCCAUAUCCUAAGCUGCUCUAAAGUCGAUGACAGCGCAUCCAGUUUUAGAAGUAUAGACGUCAUAGACAUAUGUGGCAAUCAGAAACUGUUCCAUGAGGCGUUAAAGGAGCUGCACAGGGCUCAGCGUUUGGGUAUGAGCGUGGGUUUGCAACACCAGGCUGGGAAAAGUAAACCCAUCAUUGGAGCCAAUCUCCUGCUCAAUCAAAUGGCAGCAGCGGCUCAGCGUGAAGCGGCCGCAGGUACUAAGAUAUUAUUCCAAGUAGAUGACAACAGUUUUAUAGCUUGCCUGUCAUUUUGUGUUGCCGACAAUGUCGUCUACUACAUGGACAUGCAGCAGGAUGAGAUCGUAAGUAGCGAGCUAAAAGUGCAGCAGCUAUGUAGGCUCCUCACAUGCCCCGACCUUACAUUGAUUAUACAUGAUGGCAAGGAACAACUGAAAACGUUGCGUCAUGCACUACCACAGCUGCAGAAUAUAAACGUGAAAAUGGAGGAUCCCAAGGUGGGAAACUGGCUGCUGCAGCCGGACAAAACUCUUAGCUUUCAGAAUAUGACUCAACAAUUUGCACCCGAAUGCACGGCGCUCGCGCAACUUUGUGGCAGCGGACGUGGCUAUAGCAGCUACGGUCUAGAUGCCUCCAACGCCAUACUGCCGAAGGUGCGUGCUUCUAUCGAGGCCUGUGUUAGCGUGCAUAUAUUGAAAGGACAAGUUGAGAAUCUGGAGCGUAUAGGCACUGGGCAGCUGCUUAAGUUCUUCAGAGAACUUGAAAUGCCACUACAAGUAUCACUCUGUCAAAUGGAAUGCUUGGGUUUUCCGGCCAAGGAGCAUCGACUGCAACGCCUCUUUCAACAAAUGCUAAAUACCAUGAAGAAACUGGAGGCGAAAAUAUACGAACUGCAUGGCUCGCGUUUCAAUCUUGGGUCCACGCAGGCCGUUGCCAAGGUUCUCGGCCUGCACCGUAAAACCAAUGGACGCGUGAGCACAUCCCGUCAAAUUUUGGAAAAACUAGACUCGCCCAUAUCGCAACUGAUUCUUAAUUAUCGUAAAUUGGCCGUCACGUUGUCGAAGAACAUGCAACCGCUGCUCAAGUGUUGCGAAUCAAAUCGAAUUCACGGUCAGAGCAUCACCUACACAGCCACUGGUCGCAUUUCCAUGUCGGAACCAAAUCUGCAAAAUGUAGCCAAGGAUUUUGAUGUGGAAGUAGGAGGUGAAAAGAUUAAGAUAUCGUGUCGUAGUGCUUUUGCGCCAAUGAACGAGAAACGCUGCCUGCUCUCGGCAGAUUUCUGUCAAUUGGAGAUGCGUAUAUUGGCCCACUUAUCCCAAGAUGCUGCUUUGUUAAGUGUAAUGAAGUCGCCGCAGGAUUUGUUUUCUGCCAUAGCGGCACAUUGGAAUAAAAUACCCGAGUCUGAAGUUUCUGAGCAGCUGCGCAAUGGCACAAAACAAAUCUGCUAUGGCAUUGUCUACGGCAUGGGAAUGCGCAGCUUGGCGGAGUCCUUGAAAUGCACGGAACAGGAGGCACAAAUGAUAUCCGAACAAUUUCAUGUAGCCUAUGCAGGCAUUAGGGCCUACACCGUCAAGGUGGUGAAAUUUGCGCGAAACAAUGGAUAUGUAGAGACCAUUACUGGUCGACGACGCUAUUUGGAUCACAUAAACAGCGGUGAACCGCAUUUAAAAAGUCAAGCUGAACGUCAGGCCAUCAACUCCACCGUACAGGGCUCUGCAGCAGAUAUAGCCAAAAGCGCCAUUUUACGGAUGGAGAAGAACAUAGAACGCUACCGUGAGAAACUGGGCUUGGAGAAGAACGCAGUUAAUUUGGUGUUACAUCUGCACGACGAGCUCAUUUUCGAAGUGCCAACAGAUAAGGCUAAAAAGAUAGCCAAGGUUUUGCGACUGACAAUGGAAAAUUGCGUAAAACUGAAUGUACCGCUGAAAGUGAAGUUGAAAAUCGGUCGCAGCUGGGGCGAACUUGAGGAAGUCAAAGUAUGAGCUUAGGUUUAGUUAGUUUAUUAGCUAGGUUAUCAAAAUAUUUCUUUUACAAGUUUUAAAUUUUGUAUGUUCCAUUGUAUUGUGUUUUUUACUGUUUUUGUUUCUGCUCCCAUUCGGUCCAGGAACCCGGAUAAGCCUUAGCGCUAAAAUUUGUUUUAUACAGAAAAUAAAUACAUAUAGAUUGUUAUGUA